AUGAAACAAACGGCGGCGAGAGUGUAUGCGGGCUUAUUAUCUGGAGCCUUAUGUGGACUCAUGCUUUUCUCGUACAUCGGUUUGGAGCAGAUUGCCUGGUUGUGGCGACAACCAUCGACCUGUGGCGUACCAUGGAUGCUUGUAGCCGAGCACAACUUCACCGACGACAUAUCAGUCAAGGUUCGCCGACUGCUUCAUGCCCCCAAGAUCUUCUGUCUCGUGUUGACCUAUCCAGCCAAUUAUGAUACGAAAGCCAUUCACUGCCAAAACACGUGGGUACGACGAUGUGACAAGUACUGGUUCCUUGGUAGUGAGCCACACGCAUCCCUAAAGCUGAUUGAUGCGAACGUUUCGUUUCAAGAAGGCCGCAGUCAAUUGUGGCGCAAAAUGAGACAAAUAUGGCCGAUUGUGGCUCGCGUGGACUUUCCAUACGAUUAUGUUUACAAAGCGGAUGAUGAUACUUAUGCUGUCGUGGAGAACAUGAGGUUUGCCCUAGCUGGAUUUGAUUCGCAGGACCCCUUCAUGACUGGAUUCACUUGGCCGCCGAAUGCGCCAGACAAGCCGGUGUGA